GGUCAUGAACCUAAAGAACCAGAACAACUGCGUAAGCUGUUCAUUGGUGGUUUGAGCUUUGAAACUACCGAUGAGAGUUUAAGGGAACAUUUUGAACAAUGGGGUCAAUUGACAGAUUGUGUGGUGAUGAGAGAGCCCAGCAAACGCUCGAGGGGUUUUGGCUUUGUGACUUAUUCUUCUGUAGUGGAGGUAGAUGAUGCCAUGACUGCGAGGCCACACAAAGUAGAUGGCCGUAUUGUAGAGCCUAAAAGAGCUGUGUCAAGGGAGGAUUCAACAAAGCCCGGAGCCCACCUAACAGUGAAAAAAAUAUUUGUUGGCGGCAUAAAAGAAGACACAGAAGAAUAUAAUCUGAGAGAUUAUUUUGAAAAAUAUGGAAAGAUCGAAAACAUUGAAGUUAUGACCGAUCGUGGAAGCGGAAAAAAGAGAGGGUUUGCCUUUGUCACAUUUGACGAUCACGAUUCUGUUGACAAAAUUGUUGUCCAAAAGUACCAUACGGUAAAUGGACACAACUGUGAAGUAAGAAAAGCUCUUUCAAGACAGGAGAUGCAGGGGAUGGGUCCUGGUCAGAGAGGUCGUAGUAAUAUUGGUGGGGGCUGUAACAGCCCUAGUUACAUGGGUCGAUCCGGGGGAAGUUUUGGUCAUAGCAGCAGCUUCGGCAGUGGAGGAAACUUUGGCAGAGAAGAAAUUGGAGGUUAUAGUAGCAGGAGUGAUUAUGGACGUGGUGAUGGAUACAAUGGAUUUGGUGGUGAUGGUGGCAAUUAUGGAGGUGGCCCAGGUUAUUAUGGUGGUAGAGAAGGUGGAGGAGGAUUUGGAGGCGGUGGUGGUUAUGGCAGCCAGAGUGGAUGUGGUGGUGGUGGAGGAAGCGGCUAUGACAGCUACAAUGAUGGCGGAAGCUUUGGCGGAGGAAAUUUUGGUGGUGGAAGCUACAGUGACUUUGGAAGCUACGACAGUCAACAGUCUUCAAAUUAUGGACCCAUGAAAAGUAGCAGCUGUGGACGUAACACCAGCCCCUAUAGUAGUGGCUAUGGAUCUAGUGGUGGAUACAGUAGAAGAUUUUAAAGCAAAUCGCUGUAAGGCAACAGUUCUUAGCAGGAGAGGAUGAGCCAGGAGUUGUCAGGAAAGCUGCAGGUUACUUUGAGACAGAAUAUCGACCGAGUGCAUUGUAAAGGCUACCCACAGGAAGAACGAUGGUCCAGUAGUCAGAAAAGUUACUGCAGCAUUAACAUGAGAUCAUUUCUUGUUCAGGACUGUUUCCUAUAGAGAGAUUGGAAUAAGUGCAGUUUGUUGCAACAUAGUUACUGUUAGAUGUACAUUCUUGAGGUCCUUUUAAAAAAAACUGUCCUAGUCAUGUCUAUUUUCCUCAUUUACUUUAGCUGUUGCGCCAUGUAAUUGUGGUAGUGGAAUCGGGAAUAAAAAGUAUAAGAACUUUUUAACUAAA